GAUAGAAAGGGAGGACCAGCGAAGUGCAGUGCUGCACGCGUGUCUGUGUGAGGAGGAGGAGAGAGUGAUACAGAUAGCAGGGAAGCUAAUGGCAGGUUUACACAGGAAUCAAGACACAGCGCUAGGCACCAACCCAAAGGAGAAAAAGGAGGGAUUGCCAAUGCACACACGCCCACACAGAUACACACCACAGACAGAGCAGAGCAUGAAUAAGACACUUUAAGGGACAGAGGAAAGAGGUUUGUUUGCAGACCGAGCAGUCAAGCAUUACUUAAGGAAAACAGGAUUGACAGCCGGGGUAUAAAUCUGGAUAAUAAGAAAAAGGAGGCAGAGAAAGAAGCUCCAGCAACUCUAUCUUCCUUUUCUGUCCAUCCUGAGUCUACACUAGCUGGCCCUUCCAGCUUCUAAAUGAUUGAAGCCAUGCCUCAACUCUCUGGAAGCACAGGGUUGCAUGAGACUCUGGCCCUUCUCACCUCUCAGCUCCACCCUGAUGCCAAACACAAAGAAGACCUGGUGUUCCUCAAGGAUGUCUUCAGCGAGAAGAGCCUGGCGUAUCUGAUGAAGAUCCAUGAGAAGUUGCGGCAGUAUGAGCGACAGAGCCCUACUCCAGUUCUCCACAGCGCCUCCUGUCUGGCAGAGGAUUUGGCCGAGGAGAUUCAGAAUGGACCGAUGGAAGGUGAUGAGAGGGAACUGCUUCUGCUUCUGAGUGCUCCUCAUCUCAAGGCUAUCCUGGCAGCCCAUGACACGGUGGCCCAGAAGAACUUUGACCCCGUGCUGCCCCCGCUGCCAGACGAAGUGGACGACGAGCUGGAGGAAGAGUCUGUGAAGAUCGUCCGGUUGGUGAAGAACAAGGAGCCCCUGGGGGCGACCAUCCGCAGGGAUGAAGUGACGGGGGCUGUAUUAGUGGCCAGGAUCAUGAGGGGAGGGGCUGCGGACCGCAGUGGUCUGGUGCAUGUUGGAGACGAACUUCGAGAGGUCAACGGAAACCUGAUCAUUCACAAAAGACCAGAUGAGAUCAGUCAGAUUCUGUCCCAGUCACAAGGCUCCAUCACUUUGAAGAUCAUCCCUGCCGUUGCAGAGGAAGAUAGGCUGAAGGAGAGCAAGGUCUACCUGAGGGCCCUGUUUGACUACACCCCCUUUGAGGACAAGGCCACGCCCUGCCAGGAGGCGGGACUUCCUUUCAAGCGGGGGGAUAUCCUGCAGGUGGUGAGCCAGGACGAUGCCACCUGGUGGCAGGCCAAGAGAGUGGGCGACAGCAACCUGAGGGCCGCCCUAAUCCCCUCUACACAGUUUCAGGAGAGGCGUCUUAAAUACAGAAUAAAGAUGGGCACUUACCAGGCGCCUGUAUCACCGAAAACACCCACAUAUGAUCCGGCUGAAAGAGCAGACUGUGACAGUGAGGGCUCUCAGAGUGGACAAGACAUAGUUGUAGUUUUUCCCAAUAAGAGUAAAGCGACCCCUGCUUCCUGUGGCCAUGCUUUUUCCUGGGAUUUGUACUCAGCUGGUCUACGCAGAAGUUUCUGUCUGAGUAGAAAAGAUCGACAGGGGUCACCGGGAGAGCCUCGCACUCCAGACUCGGCCCUGCUGGACUUCCUAAUCUAUGAGGAAGUGACACGCUACCAGCCCCGCCCCAGCGAGAGGCCUCGCCUAGUGGUGCUGAUAGGUUCCCUUGGGGCCAGAAUUAAUGAGCUCAAACAGAAGGUGAUCGCUGAGAAUCCCUGCCACUUUGGUGUGGCUGUGCCGCACACCACUAGAGCCAAGAAGAGUCACGAGAGGGAGGGAGUGGAGUACAACUUCAUCACUAAACAGGCCUUUGAGGCUGACAUUCAGAGCAACAUUUUUAUAGAGUAUGGGGAGUACAAGGAUCAUUUCUAUGGCACCAGUCUGGAGGCCAUCCGCAGUGUGCUGGAUCGAAAUAAGAUUUGCUUGGUGGAUGUACAACCAGAGGCACUGAAGAUCCUAUGGACAGCUGAGUUUAAGCCUUAUGUUAUAUUUGUGAAGCCUCGUAUCCAUGAGAGCCACUGCAAACGUCACGGCUCCUCUUCGUCACUCAGUGUAGGCAUCACUGAGGAGGACCUUCAGGAAAUGAGGCAGUCGGCCGUGCUGAUGGGCGAGCGCUACGGCCACCUGGUGGACCGGGUACUAGUGAAGGAGGACUUGGCCAGUGCAUGCGUUGAACUCCGGGACAUCUUGCAGAGGGUUGAGACAGAGGUUCACUGGGUGCCUAUUGGCUGGGCCCGAACCACCUAGCAUACACUCCCUGGCGCUACAGAGGGGCCAUUGCAUAUAAUACAAUUAAAAACCAGGCCAUUAGAAACUAGCGGGUGACAUUGAGAUAAUGGGAACGGAUUUGAACUUUGAAGUGUUUUACUGCCAUUGUGUUCAACCAUUCCCGUAAUCCCACAAGCCAGAACCAAAUCUCAGAUGCGCUUACGCUAACAGUCACAAGAGACUACCGCUGCCAGAGUGAUGGUGUUGGGGGUGACAAACUGACAUUGAGAUGAGGGGAGAAGGAAACGAGGGAACUUGGGAAUGGGACCUUUCCACGAGGACACCGGCUAUCGGUGGUGACUCAAGUGAAUACGGUGGAAUCAUUUGGAGCAGUUUGGGUUGACAGACUCUUAAUAAGAGACUUGUCGUUGCCUUUACAUGUUGGAUCAGAAGUAUUGGCUGCCGUCACCUCAAGAUCAAGUAUAAAUUACAUUGCUGAAUUGUGGACAGUUUAAACGUGUAUUAUUCCUUCAUCCUCAUUGCAUGAGCUUGUCCUGUUUACAUCAUUUAUAAUAGAGGCUAUGUGCAAUGGGGAAUUGUGGAUACUGGCCGAACUAAAGCAUGGUAAUCAAAUGUUGUUGAUCAGGCGGCUAAGACACUGUAAGUCCCAAAUGGAAGGGUAACAGAUUGUAGCCUCAGAGACUCCACAGAAAUCUGCCAAAAUAAGGCUCAAUAACUUAAUGCAUCCACACACUCCUAUUGAGCAUUCACCUGUAUUGUGAGUAGGGCUAUGCCAUCUUGAUCUGUAGUAGAGCAUAAUAAUCCUAAUUGGCAAUGUGGCAACAACCAUGAAAAAGCAUAUAAUACUUGCAUGUGAGAGUAAUGGUCUUGAAAAUGUAUACUAUUUAUCAGAGCCACGCAUUCUAUAAUAAUCUAGAAUGUGUACAGUAGAUUAGUCUAGUAAGUACUGAACAUCAAACAGAAUGCAGUACAAAUAUUGGUUUUCAAUGAUACAUAACAGAUGUGGGUAAGAUGGAGAUGUGAUUUCAUUAUGAAUGAUCAAUGAUGAUUACUCAUUGAACGCAAAAUAAUACUGAGGACUGUGUGCUUUGUGAUGAAGUAAUUCAAUAAAAUC